AGAGCUGUCAGCCCUGGCAGAAUUGGCAGUUCUUUCUCUUAUCCUGCGGGUCCACGCGGAGGCAAGGUCUGGGACCCCGGUGAGCAAUCGCGAGGUCCUGGAGCUGAGGCCCACAGGGACUCCGCAGCUGACCCCUGCGCGCUCGCCCGUCAGCCAAUCGUAGUCCGCCUGCCUGCGACGUCCUUUGACCCCCGCGCCCCGGGCCUCCUGGAAUCCAGUCCUGCUCAGCCCAGCAGCCCGGUUCCGUGCCGGUCCCGCCGCUAGAAAAACAUUUACUAGUUUGGAGUUUAAAGUAUGUCAUCAUGGCAAAAUUUCGAAGAAGGACCUGCAUCCUUUUGUCACUUUUUAUUCUAUUUAUUUUUUCUCUGAUGAUGGGCUUAAAGAUGCUGUGGCCAAAUGCAGCAUCCUUUGGACCUCCUUUUGGACUUGACCUCCUUCCAGAACUUCAUCCACUAAAUGCCCACUCGGGAAACAAAGCUGACUUCCAAAGGAGUGAUAGAAUCAAAAUGGAAAUAAAUACCAAGGAUUUAAAAGGUGCCGGCAUGACUCUGCUGCCAGCCAAAGCCUCUGAGGUGAACACAGAAGAACUACCUCCUCUGAAUUAUUUUUUACAUGCAUUUUACUACAGCUGGUAUGGAAAUCCACAGUUUGAUGGUAAAUAUGUACACUGGAAUCAUCCGGUCCUGGAACAUUGGGACCCUAGAAUAGCCAAGAACUAUCCACAAGGACAACAUAGUCCUCCAGACGACAUUGGCUCCAGUUUUUAUCCUGAGUUAGGAAGCUACAGCUCUCGAGACCCUUCUGUCAUAGAAACUCACAUGAAACAAAUGCGCUCAGCCUCAAUUGGAGUUCUGGCCCUGUCUUGGUACCCACCUGAUUCAAGUGAUGAGAAUGGAGAAGCUACUGAUCACUUAGUACCAACUAUUUUGGAUAAAGCUCAUAAAUAUAAUCUGAAGGUCACUUUUCACAUAGAGCCAUAUAGCAAUCGAGAUGAUCAAAACAUGCAUCAAAAUGUCAAGUAUAUUAUAGACAAGUAUGGAAACCAUCCAGCCUUCUAUAGAUACAAGACCAGGACUGGGCAUUCUCUGCCCAUGUUUUAUGUCUAUGAUUCUUACAUCACAAAGCCUUCAAUAUGGGCCAAUCUAUUAACACCCUCCGGAUCUCAGAGCGUUCGCAAUUCGCCUUAUGAUGGAUUGUUUAUUGCACUUCUAGUAGAAGAAAAGCAUAAAAAUGAUAUUCUUCAAAGUGGUUUUGAUGGAAUUUACACAUAUUUCGCCACUAAUGGCUUUACAUAUGGCUCAUCUCAUCAGAAUUGGAAUAACCUGAAAUCAUUUUGUGAAAAGAACAACUUGAUAUUUAUCCCCAGUGUAGGCCCAGGAUACAUAGAUACAAGCAUCCGACCAUGGAACACCCAGAAUACCCGGAACAGAGUCAAUGGGAAGUAUUAUGAGGUUGGUCUAAGUGCUGCCCUCCAGAGCCACCCCAGCUUAAUUUCCAUCACCUCUUUCAAUGAGUGGCAUGAAGGGACUCAAAUUGAAAAGGCUGUCCCCAAAAGAACUGCUAACACAGUAUACCUGGAUUACCGGCCUCAUAAGCCAAGUCUUUAUCUAGAACUAACUCGAAAGUGGUCUGAAAAAUUCAGUAAGGAAAGAAUGACAUAUGCAUUGGAUCAACAGCAGCCUACUUCAUAAUGUAUCACUUACAGUUUAUCACGUCUACUAGCUUAGGUCAAUGCGCUGUUUUGAGUUAUGGAAAGAAAACUCAAAAUCAAUCUGUGUUUGCAUUUGUAACCUUUAUUAGUUAUUUCAUUUUUACGUUUUAAAGAUUCAUUUUCCUACAAUGGAUAAUACCGUACAGAGAAAACAUCUGACAAGACAGAUUGUGUCUGUAACAUUCCUGAUGAUGUAGUUUUCUGAAUGUCUAACUACAUUGAAAUCUUAAUGGGAUAGCCUUUUAGUUUUUUGUUUCAUAGUAGAAAAAAAUGAGUAUAUUACCAUCACGAAAGCAGCUAACGUUCAAGUAAGUCAUACUUAUAUUCUGGGUCCAAAGACAUAGAAGUAUGUACAUGCUAGGUCCAUCUGGGAACAAAAGUUCAAGCCUAAGAACAGUAAGCAGAUGUGCUUCAUUUCUGGUCUCUUCAGUGACGUUUCUUAAUAUUCAGAUUCUGGCUGGCUUCCCCUGGUGAUCUAACUCACUUCUCAAGUUUCUUAUGAACACAAACUUGUUUAAGUAACAAGCUAUUUUAUUACAUUUCUCUAUUUCUGUUAGCUAUGUUCUGUUCUCAAAUGGUUUUGUGCAAAGCAUCCAUCAGUGUCAUCAUUUGAAGACUUGGGUGACUGUGGUGCUAAGUACUGUUGUGUGUUUAAUGUCCUGCCUGGUUUGUCCUGCUGAAUUAAAGACUAGACACAAUAGGUAGUUUAAUAAAUGUUAAUGACUGCUCUUAUCUAUGAGGAAAACCAUUGUUUGUCAGUGGUUAAAAUAAAUGUUCACCAGAAACUACUGAACUGACUGAGAAAGAAUAACAUUAAUACUCAGAAGUGUUUUCCUUUUAAUAUUUUCAUUUAAUUUUACUAUGACAGAAAAUUUGCUUAUCACUUCAAAACUAGAGAUAAAUAUUUUUAAAGUAACAUAUUUUUCAGUUAUGUCCUCAUUUUUUAAUAUCUUACACUUUUACAGUGGCUAUUGGUUUAAAAGAAACUUAGUGAUCCAAAUUGAAAAGUUCUAUGCUAAAAAUAAAUUUUUAUAAAAGUGAAAAUAGGAGAAAUUGACUGAAUUCAAUAUUUAUAAUUAAAGUAGAAAANCCAGCCAGUCUACAUAAUUUUACACAACUGUUAUUUCUUAGUACUACAGAGAGGAUCAGUUGAGUAACCCUAACAAAUAUUGCAUGCCAGUCUUCGUAGCAUAAAGACAUUUAGAAACACGUAAGUUCUGGAAUGUAUUUUAAAAUUCACAGCAGAGAGGAAACAGUUGUAGGGUAAGAGUGACCGCUAUGUGAGGAAAGUUCUUGCUGUGCAAGCAUGAGGACCUGAGUCUGAACACCUAGAACUCACACAGACAUGAGCUCAGGAGCAUACAUGUUCUAUUCCACAGCUCCUCCAGGGAGCGAGAGAAAAUGUCGACAGCACAGAGCCCAGAAGUUUGUGAGCCAGUUAGCAUGCUGUACACAGCAGCAAAUAAGACAUCUGUCUCAAACAUGGUGGGAAGCAAAGGUUGGCAGGCAAGGUAGCUCUGACAGUCAGACCCACCUCAUGUCAUCCUCAGUCUCGUCUUACUCUGAAAUGUUUGAAGAUACUUACACACAGAGCUUUUUUAAAACUCAUGUUUAAAAUAAUUCUUAUGAUAAAAUCUUUUUCAGGAGAUAUACUAACCUUAUUAAAUUAAAAAUUUCUAUUUAUCAGAAUGUUAUUGGGCCAUAAGAAUUAUGAGAAUAAUAGUCUGAUUUUUCCAAUAAAUUGUAAGAAUAAUUUAGUAUAGUAGUAUUUUAAUAUUAUACAUCUCCAUUGGAAUAAGGAGAAGUAUAACCUAUAGAUUUUUUUCUCUGCUUUGCUACUACAUUAAAGCUGAAUUAUUAAUACAUACAGUUUUACAGCAUAUGCUAUUUUCUUAAUUUCUUAUAUUACAUUUUAUAUUUGAGUCCACCAUGACAAAAACUGAAUGUUAUGAAACAAUCCUGAGAUAAAGAAAGUCUACACAAAUAAGGUCUAGCAACUGUGCAUAAGAGUUCAACUUUGACAGUGGACAGCUCACUCUAGCCCCUGCUGUUCCCAGUACAUCCACUCUAGCCCCUGCUGUUCCCAGUACAUCUACCCCAUCAACAGUAAGUCAGAACUUAAAAUUAGAUAGAUGUUAUCUUUAUUUCUAAAGAAUUGCUGUCUAACAAAUGACUGAAAUAUCUUUUCAUAAGACUUACUAGUUGACAAUUAUAUAAAGAACCAUAGCCAUUCCUUUGGUUUCCACAACCAAAUAUUCAGCCAACUAAGGAUCAAAAUACUCGGGAACAAAACUCCACUUGUAUAUACCAAGCAUGUUUAGUGUGUCUCCAUCCCAUACGCCAUACAGUAUAACCACCAUUUAAAAUUUUCUAGGUAUUAUAAAUAAGCUGAGAGGGUUUAAAGUGUACCUGAAGAUCAUUGUGGAAUUAUAUUCAAAUCCUGUUCCACUUUUUAAACGACCUAAGCAUAUUCAGCCAUUUUACCUCUGGGUCCUGAAGCCAGUUCUCCACAGAUACCAAGGAAUAGCUAUAUUCACAAUAUUGCUAGUGAUUGCUAGAGGAAUGCCUUCAGGGCCUCUUUUUCCAGGUGUCCUUUGUGGCUACCUCUGCUGUCUGACUGGAAACACAGCUGGAAUUGCAAUGAUCACAAGUCAAUCUGAUCAAAUGAUCCUGUUCUUAUUUUUAUAAAUCUGAAUGUUAGAAUUCAGUAAAUUUAAAGAGGUACAGUACAUGUAAUGCAUGAAUUAAAUCAGUUUUUUUUAAUAUCGCUUUUGUUUUGUGGAUUAACCCAUCUAAUUGUUUAGAAUGUAGAGAAGAAGUAGAUCCUUAUUUCUUCUUUCAAGACUUAAUUGUAAAAGACUGCCCUUACUAAUGUUUGAGUUGUAUAUUAACUUGCUUAUUUAUGUGUGUAAAUUGGAAAAUGGUUUAUUUUAUUAUAUGAUGUUAAUUUUGUCUAAUAAAAGCAUAAAUG